CCCCCAUCUGCGUGAUGGCAGCUUGAAGAAGGUGCCUUUUCACCGUUAGUGCCAUCCGAGUCUCGCGUUUCAUUGGAGACUCAGCAGACAUCCAGCCCGAUCACUCCAAGAGCCGAUCCCAAAGUUUUCUUGCCCCGCUUUCGUCAACAAGGCUGCAGCAACCGGACCAGUUCACAGCUUACAUUCUUGAUUUUGCCGUCUCUACCCGACUUCAUCGGCUUGAUUCACGGACCAUGACCAUGGCCGAAUCCCCGCAGACGAGUACUGGAGAAGGACAACCAACGCACCCAGCGUCGCUGCCUAUGCUGUUCGCUCGGAUUAGGUCUAAUGAUCACCGGAGCCUUCAUUGCAAUUAUCGCUCUGCUGUACGGCACGGUGCUGCCGGCGGUGAUUGACAAUGCGGUUAAGGACGGCGUCGCGACCUGUAGCACCUCGGACAUCGAGGAGGACAGCUACCUCGACCCAUACGCCGACUGCGACGACUGCACGCCGUACUACUACAGCCUGCACAUGAUGAACGCGACCAACGCCGAGGCCUACCUCGCCGGAGACGCCGACACGCUUGAGGUGCAGGAAAUGGGCCCGUACACAUACCGUCGUCGUGAGGUCAAGUUGGAUGUUGAGCUUCUGGACGAUGGAAAUCGCGUGAGCUACAAGCAGUACACGUACCACACGUUUGAGCCGGAUAUGAGCUGCGACGGAUGCUCUGAUACCGACGAGGUCACCGCUUUGGACGCGGGGUACAUGAGUGUUAUCGCGGGUGCCGGCGGUGAAAUGGCCUUCCUUGUGCGCUUGGCACUCGGUUCAACGGCCCGCAGAUGA